UGAUAGACCAGAGUUAGUUCAGUACCGACAGUUUGGAGUCUCCGCACUUCACAUGGUCCUUUCCCUUUCGAAAUUUUGUUGCACCAUGUCUCUCAAAAACGAUACCAAGAAGGAGCUCGAUGUUGUUCAUCAUGAACAUGUCGCAUCUCACGGUGUUCCCAGCGAGGAUGCCCGACCAUGGUACCAGCAGCCUGAACUUCGGAAACUGUAUCUGAUGAUGCCCUUCCUGUUCCUCGGUUCGACUACGUUGGGCUACGAUGGCAGUCUUCUCAAUGGCCUCCAGACCAUGCCCGCAUGGAAAGAAUUUUUCAAUCACCCAACAGGCUCCAGGCUGGGGCUCUUAGGCGCAUUUCCGGGAUUCGGUGGUUUCGCGGUCCUACUCUUCACACCGUAUAUAGCAGGUCGCCUAGGAACCGCCAUCGGGUGUGUACUCGUCAUCGUUGGCUCGAUAAUUCAAGCAUUGCCACAACGAAGCAACCCAGACUCCAUGUUUCUGGCGGGACGCUUCAUUAUGGGCAUGGGCAGUAACAUUUCCAACGCGACCUGUCCUUUGUUGAUUACUGAGAUAUCUCACCCACGACACAGAGGCAAAGCUACUACGAUAUACAACACGCUUUGGUAUCUCGGUGCUAUACUUGCUGCGUGGACAACAUUUGGAACUUUGACACACAUCACCUCAGACCUAUCAUGGCGUCUACCUAUUGGUCUCCAGUGCGCGAUGCCCGGUAUACAACUUCUCUGUGUUUACUUGCUUCCCGAAUCUCCUCGUUGGUUGAUCAGCAAGAACAAGCAUGCAGCAGCCCAGAAGAUGCUAACAAAAUAUCACGGGAACGGUGAGGAGACUGACUUUGUGAAGUGGGAGUACACCGAGAUCAGCCAGACACUCGAGGCCGAGAAGCUGGCAAGUGCAUCUAGUGGAUGGGUCGAACUGGUCAGAACCCCUGGUAACAGGAAGCGUUGCUUGUUGAUCAUUUUGACCGCUAUCUUCUCCCAGUGCUCAGGUAAUGGACUUGUAAGCUACUACCUAGCUGCUGUACUGGAAACCAUAGACAUCACCAACUCCUCCCAUCAAGCACUCAUCAACGGAGGCUUGACAAUCUGGUGUUGGCUCGUCUCGCUUGGCUGCGCAUUCCUAGUUGACCGUGUGGGAAGAAGAACGCUUUUCUUGAGUGCCGGCAUUGGUAUGCUUCUCGCUUUCAGCAUCUGGACGGCAUGUAGCGCUGUAUAUUCACAGACCGGAAACUCGCAUGCUGGAUCCGCUGUUCUCGCCAUGAUCUUUUUGUUCUACGGUGCUGCCGGUCUCGCCUGGCCUGGCCUUACGGUAUCAUAUACUGUCGAGAUCCUUCCCUUCAACAUCCGCGCCAAAGGUCUCACUCUCUGUUUUGUAUUCACUUCGCUUUCGGGUGUCUUCAACCAAUAUGUGAACCCGAUAGGUAUCGAAGCCUUGGGCUGGAAGUUUUACAUCGUGUAUGUGGUCGUAUUGGUGUUGGAAUGUCUCGCAAUCUACUUCCUAUAUGUAGAGACAAAGGGACCGACUCUCGAGGAAAUUGCUUUCUUGUUCGACGGUGCUGACGCGAAUGUUGCUGGCACUGGUGUGGCAGUUGGCUAUGAAAACAGCAGCAAGGUAGGAAAGGGGGAUAACAUCUGA